AUGGGUUCUUGCAAGGUUCCUUACAGUGUUCUUCUGCUUUGCUUUUUCAUUGGGAGUUUUUUUGUGCCUGAAUGUCUUUCUAUUGGAGAUGACGCCAACCAAACAGCAUUUCUUCUUGUAAAUGCUUCUGAAGCAUUGGGACGGCCAAUACCCGAAACACUUUUUGGAAUAUUUUUUGAGGAGAUUAACCAUGCUGGUGCUGGAGGGUUGUGGGCAGAGCUUGUGAGCAACAGAGGAUUUGAAGCUGGGGGACCUGAUAUCCCCUCAAACAUAGACCCUUGGUCUAUUAUUGGUGAUGAGUACUCAUCCCUUACACUGUCCACGGAGCGCUCAUCAUGUUUUGAGCACAAUAAGGUUGCACUCCGAAUGGAGGUACUAUGUGACGCAGAAGGUAACAAUAGCUGUCCAGCUGGGGGCGUUGGUGUUUAUAAUCCGGGCUUCUGGGGCAUGAAUAUUGAGAAAGGAAAGAAAUACAAAGUGGUUCUGUAUGUUCGUUCAUCAGGAGCAAUUAAUGUAUCCGUGUCAUUGACGGGGCCAGAUGGCUUGGAGACACUGGCAACUCAGGACAUAAUAGCUUCUUCUUGUGAUGUCUCAAACUGGAAAAAGAUGGAGGUCCUGUUGGAAGCCAACGCCACAAAUCCUAAUUCAAGACUUCAAUUGACUACAACCAGAAAAGGAGUUAUUUGGUUUGACCAGGUGUCAACUAUGCCCGUGGAUACAUAUAAGGGACAUGGUUUCCGAAGUGAGCUUGCUGAAAUGCUAGCAGAUCUAAAACCAAAAUUUAUCAGAUUUCCAGGUGGCUGCUUUGUUGAAGGUGAAUGGUUAAGAAAUGCAUUUCGUUGGAAAGCGACCAUUGGACCCUGGGAGGAGAGACCAGGGCACUUUGGUGAUGUUUGGAUGUACUGGACGGAUGAUGGCCUUGGUUACUUCGAGCUUCUCCAACUAACAGAGGACCUAGGUGCAUUUCCAGUAUGGGUGUUCAAUAAUGGUUUCAGUCAUAAUGAUCAAGUUAGUACCUUCAAUGUCAAGCCUUUUGUGCAAGAAGCCCUCGAUAGUAUUGAGUUUGCUAGAGGUGAUCCUAAUUCUACAUGGGGUUCUAUGCGAGCUGCAAUGGGACAUCCAGAACCAUUUGACUUGAGACAUGUUGCUCUUGGGAAUGAGGAUUGUGCGAAAAAGAAUUAUCGAGGAAAUUACCUCAAGUUCCAUACUGCCAUAAAGAAGGCUUAUCCAGACAUCAAAAUUAUCACGAAUUGUUUCGGAUUUUCUCGAAAGUUGGAUCACCCUGCAGAUUUUUAUGAUUAUCAUCUUUAUACAUCUGCCAACAACAUGUUUUCGAUGGCUCAUCGAUUCGAUGUUACAUCACGUGCUGGUCCAAAGGCUUUUGUAAGUGAGUAUGCUGCAACUGGGAAAAAUGCUGGCAAAGGAAAUCUUUUAGCAGCGCUGGCCGAGGCUGCAUUCCUUAUCGGGAUUGAACAGAACAGUGAUGUAGUUAGCAUGGCAAGCUAUGCACCACUUUUUGUGAAUGACAAUGACAGGCGGUGGAGUCCAGAUGCAAUUGUCUUUAACUCUUCACAGCUGUAUGGAACACCAAGCUACUGGGCACAACGUUUUUUCAGGGAGUCGAGUUCAGCAACUGUUCUUCAUUCAACACUCCAAACAAAUACAUCCACUUCCCAGCUUAUUGCAUCUGCAAUUAUGUGGGAAAACUCUGGUGAUAGCAAGAGUUACCUAAGAAUAAAGAUUGUGAACUUUGGGAACGACACAGUUAAUCUCAAGAUAAGUGUGGACGGAUUGGAACCCAACUCCACACUGUUAUCUGGGUCAACAAAGACCGAACUCACCUCUGGUAAUCUAAUGGAUGAGAAUUCCUUCAAUGAGCCAAAUAAGGUCAAACCUACCCAGAGUCCACUUGAAAAUGCUGGCAAGGACAUGGAUGUCGUUUUGGGGGUUACUCAGCUGACCCUGUCAAGAUCGGUUGCACAAAAUGUUAUGGAGAAGACCACAACGGAUCUCAUGGUAGCUUUGUCUAGUAUGUAUGAAAAGUCGUCGGCAAAUAACAAAGUUCACCUGAUGAAGAAAAUGUUCAACUUGAAGAUGGCGGAAAGUACAUGUGUUUCCCAACACCUAAAUGAGUUUAAAACUAUCACAAACCAAUUGUCGUUUGUCGAAAUCGAGUUUGAUGAUGAGAUUCAGGCAUUGAUUCUGUUAGUGUCAUUGCCAAAUAGUUUGGAGGCCAUGAGAAUGACUAUAAGUGAUUUUGCUGGUAAAAUGAAGUUGAAGUAUGACGGCAUCUGA